CUGAGACUGGCGUGCAACAAGAAGUGAGAGAGGGAGAGAGAGAGAGUCUCUCCUUCGAAAAUACUCGGCUGCUGCCUUUUGUUCGACGCAGUGUCAAUGCAUCUCUCAGCGAAAGCAAAAGUUCAAAUCACGCUCCCGCUCCACACACUCGUUUCUGGUUUUGCCCCUGCAACACGCCAGUUAAUUGACCAGCAAAUGUGCCAAUUUGACUGCUGCCAAUCAUGAGGUCGCUUGGUUUGUUACAGUGUCGGGAUGCGUGAGACAUCGCCAUAGUUUUUAAAUUCGUGUUAAUAAAGUCAGUCGCUUAUAUUUUUCUCAAGUGCCAAAUAUGGUCAACAUGUUUUCGUCGAGUUGGCUCCGCCCAUCGCACGCCUUUCACGCCGUCUGGUUAAUAUUGAACGGAAUUAUUUUCUGGAAUACUUACCGCCUCUACAAAGGGCAACCCCAGUACUAUUACCUCCAUCAAAUUCUAGGAAGCGGUUUGUGCAUUUCGCGCGGUACGGGAGCCGUUUUGAAUGUCAGUUGCGGUCUUAUACUUCUGCCGACUUGCAAGCGGGCAGCCACCACCUUGCGCCGUUAUUGUUGUCGUCUUCUGGGUCGUUGUGGCUUAUCAGCCCGUUUUAUCCGUCUGUUUUUCAACCAAGCCGAACGGUUUCACAUCACUUGCGCUUUCACCGUCAUUAUCGCUUCGGUUAUUCAUACCGGAGCCCAUUUGGUCAACGCGGUCAAUUGUUCGCUCUAUUACAACCACCGAUGGAUUGAAGUCAAUAUCGCGGAAUCACCCGGACAGGAUCCUUUACAGUUGGUCUUCUUUACACUUCCAGGGAUUACGGGUGUGUUGAUGAUUUUGAUACUGACAAUGAUCCUAGUGACGUCCGCCAGUUGGUUCCGCACCCGACAUUUCAACACAUUUUACUACAGUCAUCACUUUCUGUUCGGACCCUUUUUAGUCCUCCUGGUCUUCCAUCCCACCAGCGGAAUGCUGAAGGAGCAAACGAAUUGGCGGGACCACUGGCCGGGGAACGACGACCAAGAUGGGCCGCCUCCAGUUUUCAUACCCAUGAAGGGCUACACUUGGCUUUAUGUGACGAUUCCGAUUAUCCUUUACCUUUUCGACUGGAGUUGGCGCAAAGUCAGUCGGCGCCAGCCGGUCAGCGUGUCCCGCGUCGUCGUGCACGAACCAGACGUUAUCGAACUGGUUGUUGAUCGCUGGAUGAGUCAUUCCCAGCCUGGACAAUACGUGUUCCUUCAAUGUCCAGUCAUCUCUGGUUUCCAGUGGCAUCCAUUCUCUCUCUCUUCGUGUUGUGAUAUGACUCACGCCAGUUGGACGGUCCACAUGAAAACUAGGGGAGAUUGGUGCAAGCAAUUGAAAAGUCUCCUAGGAAAAACCCAGAGAGAUGAUGUCGAGCUUUAUGUGGAUGGCCCAUUUUCCAGUCCGUUUUCUGACGUCAUCAACAGCAGAACGGUGAUCUGCAUAGCCGGGGGUAUCGGAUUCACGCCUUUCUUGUGUGUCAUCCACAAUUUAAUACGGAACGGCUGGAACGCCCGACCGGAGCGCCUGCAUAUCGUUUUUUGCGUCCAAAAGGCGGAAAGUCUUUUGUGGGCAUCGGCUGCCAUCGAUCAACUGAUCGAGGACGCGUGGGCUAGUCCUCGUCCAGAUAAGCUGGAAAUUAGACUCCACGUUACACGCCCAGCCCCUGCGGCCUGUCGUGGUUUCUCGCCAGUGGAAAUUAUUCUUAGCCAAAAAUACCCAAAUCUCCUUCGGCGAUUGGAAUACGGUCGUCCAAAGUGGAAGGAACUUUUCACGUCGUGGAAAGAGACUUAUUCCAGGGAACGGGUGGACGUUUUCAGCUGCGGACCCAGAGAAUUAAACCGCCAGAUUGAACAGAUGUGCCGCUCCAUUUCCAAUUUCACUCUAGCCUACGAAAGUUUCUCUUGAAUAAAAGUUAUCGUUUUUUCUUUUGUGAGAAUAAAUCAAACAUACUUGCAUGUUUUUUACUAUAUAUUUAAAAAAAGAACUUCUAAAGUCUAAUUACGACGUACAUAAAAAAUAUAUAUCAUCAGUCUUGCCACAAAACUGUUUUAUAAAUUUUUGUAUUGCGUAAACUGCUAGCAGUAUGAGCGAGAUAUACAUAGUAUAUUUACUUUUGCCUACGA